AAUUGUUAUCUAAGGCGUGAACGCUUGAAUCAACGCUCUCAGUCGUAAAUACUUAAUACCAUACCAAUAAAUAUCAAAUAAUUAAUAAUUUCAAAUUCAUUUUACUAUUUUAGUUUUUAAUAACAACCUUCCUUUAUUUUAUUAAUUUCAAUUUAUAAUUUUAUUUUUAAAUACAUGUUCUAAAUUGUAAGUUAUAACUUAUCAUAUUCAACAUCGUAUGCUAUUAGUUAUUCAAGUAUUACAGAACAGUAAUUGCCACUAAUUACSAUGAGUUCUGACAAAAUUGACUAUCCAAAAGCAUCUAAAUUAAUUACUGAUGCUGGUGUCAUCAUUUACAUUGGAGGAUUUCUCUUAAUCAUUGCAUUUAUAAGCCCUUAUUGGUUGGAAUCAUAUGACGAAGCUUUCAUAAAUUUUAAGCACAUGGGCUUAUGGACAUACUGUUUUGAUCACUUUCGAUACCCUCAUUAUCAAUUUGAAAAACUAUUUGAUGGCUGCAAUACAGUAUUCAGUGAAGAAUAUUAUGUUAUUCGAGAAUGGUUAUUGCCAGGUUGGCUAUUGUUUUUGGAACUUUGCAUGACUUUAGCAGUAUUGUUAUCACUUGGAACAUUAGCAAUAAUUGCUGCUGUUAUAACAAGAUAUCCACAACGUCUUGUACUUAAAUAUGAGUAUAUAUUAUCAGCUGCAUGUUUCUUAGCGGCUGCAACUACUAGUGUAUUGAUAUUGCUUACUGUAUGCCUCUUUCCAUACAACUGUUGGACACGUGAUUGGCUGAUGUAUCCUAUUUACAACCAUUUAUCGUGGUCAUUUUAUACUGCUAUUGUAUCAGGUUUUGUGCAUGCAUAUGGAACAUGGUAUUUGUAUAAGGACGCACGAAUUGCUUAUGAACAAAGAAGAGAGAGCAAAAAUUUAGUCAUGCAAAUGUAUCCUCCUCAUGAACGUAAUUUCUAUGAUCAAUAACACUAAUAAACAUUUACAUAAUUAAGAUAUUUUAAAUAAAAGACAAAUCCGUCCAUUAGAAGUAUAAAAAUCUGUCCAUUAGUUUUAAAUAUUUAAUUUUUUAUUUAAUAAAUUAUUU